AUGAAAGAUUUCAAAGCCCAUGGUGACGGUUUAUUAGAGGUUUGUUUCAAGAAGGGGGAGGAUGUAAUUGCAUCAUGCAGUUGUCGUAGGUUUGAACAAUAUGGAUUGUUGUGCAAACAUAUAUACUUUGUGUUCAACAUGUUCAAAGUGAAAGAAAUUCCCAAUAAGUAUGUUAUGAGAAGACGGACCAAAGACGUGGUACCGAAUGAUCUAAAUAACACAUUUGAUUUAAAAGUUGAUGAUAAUGAUGGGCAUAAAAAGGCCAAGGAGGUUGCGUAUGAGAUAAUGCAUACCGGAGAGUAUCUUGUGAGUAAUUUGAUGAGAGAUUUUGAUCAUCUAGUUAUAGUCAGGGAUCAAAUGAGGCAGAUGAAAGUAAUGGUUGAUGAACUUCGCAUAACCAAGCCUAUUGACCCUAAGUUUGAUAGAUAUUCAAGGUUAAUCGCUUACGAGAAACCGAACACCGAUGCUCCACCUACAGUCCGUGUGCCAACCGGUAUUAGGAACAAAGGACGCGGUUCACAUAAGCGGAUCAAAUCAAAAUAA